UUUUGAAGUUGCUCCUCCGGGGUGUUUGAACAGGAAGGCAGACAUGUUGGCCAGACUGUGGGAGAAAAUCGGUUUCUGUCUGUUGUUUUCAACCGAAAAAAGUUAUAAACUGAUUUUGCGCGUUUAAUCCCAGCCAAGAUUGGGGAUCUGAGGGAAACUAUCAACAUCCGGCUAAGGUGCAAGCGAUUGUUCGAAAGGAUUGCCUUUAAGGACUCGACUUUAAAGACCUAAAGUUCUUGUUCAAACUGAUCGAAAUUUGGAAGAAGCAGAAGUUUUUCCUCCACCACUUCUACUUUUGAGCUGUCAGAGUCGGCUGUGGUUUUCUGCAGGGGCCUGCCACAGACAUGGGGACCGCUCAGGACUAACUUUAGAGCAGUCUAUGCCGUUUCAGAGAGACACAAGUUCAACUUUUAAUUUCAUUUUGUGUGGAUGCAGAAAACAUUUGAAGCUCUUAUCCUCAGUGGCAUCCUGCGGAGGCUGACGAGUCUGACGCCGCCGCCGCGUUGAUCGCCUUGCUACUGAAGUUGUUUGUCACUACACCGGGAAAACAUCUCCCGACUCUUGAAAAUGUGGCUUUUGUACAUUCAGCGCAACCUCAGUCGCCUCAUUGUGUGUGAAAGCUCGUCGAGAACAAUGUAUUUUCUGUGAAGUGCAGAGUAAAGUUCACACGAAGAAAGGAACAUUCGGCUAGCUGCUGGCUACUAAGGGCUAGCUAGCACUCUUCCUCGACACUUGGCUAUUUUUGCCAAAAGCCCCACACCUGGACUGAGUUUGACAGAAAAAUGUCUAUCGGGGAAAAUAUGGAGACUCGAUUUGAAAAAAUCGAUGCCUUGCUAAAGGACCCAAAGUCAGAAAUCAAUACGGAUUGUCUUCUGGAUGGCUUGGAUGCACUGGUGUAUGACCUUGACUUCCCUGCCCUGAGGAAAAACAAGAGCAUUGACAACUUCUUGAAUAGAUAUAAAGAAACUAUUGGUAAAAUUCGUGAUCUACGAAUGAAAGCUGAAGACUAUGAGGUGGUCAAGGUCAUUGGGAGGGGAGCGUUUGGAGAAGUGCAAUUGGUAAGGCACAAAGGCACAAAAAAAGUUUAUGCCAUGAAGCUUCUCAGCAAGUUUGAGAUGAUCAAAAGGUCAGAUUCUGCUUUCUUCUGGGAAGAGAGGGACAUCAUGGCCUUUGCCAACAGCUCAUGGGUGGUGCAGCUUUUUUUUGCUUUCCAAGAUGACCGCUACCUCUACAUGGUAAUGGAAUACAUGCCUGGGGGCGACUUGGUGAAUCUGAUGAGCAACUAUGACGUUCCAGAGAAGUGGGCCCGUUUUUAUACAGCCGAAGUAGUGCUGGCUCUGGAUGGGAUCCACGCCAUGGGCUUCAUACACAGAGAUGUGAAGCCAGACAACAUGUUGCUAGAUAAAUCAGGUCACCUAAAACUGGCAGACUUUGGGACCUGCAUGAAAAUGAACAAGGAUGGUAUGGUACGAUGUGAUACAGCAGUGGGAACUCCAGACUACAUUUCACCCGAGGUACUAAAAUCUCAAGGAGGAGAUGGUUACUAUGGCAGAGAGUGUGACUGGUGGUCAGUGGGAGUUUUCCUGUACGAAAUGCUCGUUGGCGACACUCCGUUUUAUGCAGACUCACUGGUGGGGACUUACAGCAAAAUUAUGAACCACAAAAACGCCCUAACUUUCCCUGAGGACAGCGACAUCUCCAACGAUGCCAAGAAUCUCAUCUGUGCUUUCUUGACUGACAGAGAAGUUCGACUUGGCCGUAACGGUGUAGAUGAGAUCAAGAGGCAUCCUUUCUUCAAGAAUGACCAGUGGACCUGGGACAACAUAAGAGACACGGCUGCUCCUGUUGUGCCUGAACUGAGCAGUGACAUUGACACCAGCAACUUUGAUGACAUUGAAGAAGACAGAGGAGAGGAGGAGACCUUUCCUGUACCCAAGGCCUUUGUGGGCAACCAGCUCCCCUUUGUGGGCUUCACUUACUACAGCAAUCACCACCUUUUGCGCAAAGCCAGCGACAAACGCAGCAGUUCAACAAAAGAAGACAGAAGCCAUCUGGAAAACCUGCAGAAAAGAAUCUAUCAUCUGGAGGAGCAGCUUCACAGUGAGAUGCAACUGAAAGACGAGUUGGAGCAAAAAUGCAGGACAUCGAACACCAAGAUAGAGAAAAUGAUUAAAGAGCUCGACGAGGAGGCAAACCUCAGAAAGAGCACCGAGGCCGGCAUGUCUCUGCUGGAGAAGGAUAAGAUCAUGCUGCAGCACAAAUUCACCGAGUACCAAAGAAAAGCAGACCAGGAGGCAGAGAAGAGACGCUAUGCAGAGAAUGAGGUAAUAACUCUGAAGGAGCAGCUAGAGGACAUGAAGAAGAUCAGUCAGAACUCUCAGGCCACCAAUGAUAAGGUUGUCCAGCUGCAGAAUCAGCUGGAAGAGGCCAAUGAUCUUCUGCGUGCAGAGUCGGACACUGCGGCAAGACUGAGGAAGAACCACACUGAAAUGGCGAAGUCGAUGAGCCAGCUGGAGAGCAUGAACCGAGAGCUGCAGGAGCGGAGUCGUGCAGCAGAUGGAGAAAAGGCGCAGCUGGAGAAGGAGAUUCUGCUCCUUCAGAGUACCCUGGACUCUGAAAGGAGGAACUACAGCCUAGGGUCAGAGGAGAUCAGGGAGCUGCAAGGAUGGAUGGCAGGGUUGCAGGAGGACAACAAAAAUUUAAAAGGUAGCCUUGCAAAAGUGGAGCUGGAACGAAAACAGUCCCAGGAACGGUGCAAUAACUUGGAAAAGGAAAAGAACAAUCUGGAAAUAGACCUGAACUACAAACUAAAGACUUUGCAGCAGCGGCUGGAGCAGGAGCAGACAGAGCACAGGGUGACGCGGGCACAGCUCACUGACAAAUACGAGUCUAUUGAGGAAGCCAAAUCAGCUGCUAUGAAUGCUGUUCAGCAGAAGAUGUCAGAGGAAAAUGGUGCAAGGAUGAGAGCGGAGAGUCGGGUAGUAGAGGUGGAGAAGCAGUGCUCGAUGCUAGAGUUUGACCUCAAGCAGUCUGUGCAGAAGAUGGAGCAGCUGAUGAAGCAGAAGGAGAGGCUUGAAGAAGAUGUGAAGAAUCUUAGAAUACAACUGGAGCAGGAGUCAAGUAAGCGUCUCCUGGCUCAGAAUGACUUGAAGAGUCGCACGCAGGAAGUUGACCGUCUGAGGUGUUCGGAGAAGCAGCUCAAGCAGGAGAUCAACACAGCGCUCGAGACCAAACGCUCACUGGAGUUCCAGCUGGCACAGCUGACCAAGCAAUACAGAGGCAACGAGGGACAGAUGAGGGAACUUCAAGACCAACUUGAGGCCGAACAGUAUUUUUCUACACUUUACAAAACUCAGGUAAAGGAACUAAAGGAAGAGAUCGAGGAACGGAACCGACAGGUGCAGGAGGCUCAUAAAAAAGUACAGGAGUUGUGCAGUGAAAGGGACUCUCUGUCCGCCCAGCUGGAUCUGACAGUGACCAAGGCAGAGUCGGAGCAGCUUGCCCGGGCACUUCAGGAGGAACAGUACUUUGAGCUGAGCCAAGAGAAUAAGAAAGCAGUGACCAGACAUAAGCAAGAAGUGCUGGAAAAGGACUCUACAAUUUCACGGCUGGAGGAAUCUAAUAAAACGCUCACCAAAGAUGUAGAAAACCUCAGCAAGGAGACGGCUGAAUUAAAUGAGAAGUUGAAAACUCAGGAAGAAGAGUACGCAGCACAGAAGGAGGAGAUAGCAAAUACAAUCAAGGCUAACUAUGAGAAGGUGCUCAACACAGAACGCACGCUAAAAACCCAGGCGGUGAACAAGCUGGCAGAGAUCAUGAACCGCAAGGACAUGAAGCUAGACCAGAAGAAGAAAGGCAGCACCGCUGACUUGCGGAAGAAGGAGAAGGAGAACCGCAAACUUCAGCUGGAGCUUAACCAGGAAAAAGAGAAGUUCAACCACAUGGCCAUCAAGUAUCAGAAGGAAUUGAGUGAGAUGCAGGCGCAACUGGCGGAAGAAUGCACAUAUCGCAAUGAGCUGCAAAUGCAGUUGGACAGUAAGGAGAGUGAUAUUGAGCAGCUGAGGGAAAAACUGAACGACCUGCAGCAGCGCAUGGAUAACUCCAGCGUAACCAGUUUGCAGACGGAUGAGACAGACAGCAACAUUGCAGAAUCCAGGUUGGAGGGUUGGCUGUCUAUUCCUAAUCGUGCUAAUAUUAAAAGAUACGGAUGGAAGAAGCAGUAUGUUGUGGUGAGCAGUAAAAAGAUUCUGUUCUACAACGAUGAGCAGGAUAAAGAACAGUCCAACCCCUCAAUGGUACUAGAUAUAGAUAAACUAUUUCAUGUGAGACCAGUCACUCAAGGAGACGUGUACCGGGCUGAGACAGAGGAAAUCCCAAGGAUAUUCCAGAUUCUCUAUGCCAACGAGGGGGAGUGCAGGAAGGAGGCAGACAUGGAGACAGUCCCUCAGGGUGACAAGACCAACUGUCUCCCACACAAAGGUCACGAAUUCAUCCCCACGCUGUAUCAUUUCCCUUCAAACUGUGAGGCCUGCGCCAAGCCUCUGUGGCAUGUUUUCAAACCACCUCCGGCUCUGGAGUGCCGUCGCUGCCACGUCAAGUGCCACAAGGACCAUCUCGACAAAAAGGAGGACGUCAUUGCUCCUUGCAAAGUAAACUACGAUGUGACCUCUGCCCGGGAUAUGCUUCUGCUGGCCCUGACCCAAGAUGAACAGAAGAAGUGGAUUGGCCACCUGGGAAAGAAGAUUCCUAAAACACCACCAUCUACGUUUUCAAGAGCAUCUCCUCGUUCUAUGUCCACACGCUCUGGACCCAACCAGUCCUUCCGCAGGAACCCUAAAAGCAAUACAGGAAAGCUGAGCAGAGCGCAGUCCAGCCUCCAAGCAGCAGACACAACCUCCAGCACUUGUUGACAGGAACUUCUUCAGAAAGUGUUGUUUCUUUUUUUUAGACUACUUGUCUUCAGAAAUAAACUUGUCUAUUUAUUAAUUGUGUUACUGGGUAUUUCUAACACAAGAAACUUCCUGACUGGUUGGUUGGUUGGUUGGCUGACUCCUGGGCUUUUUCCAGUUGACACUUGGAUUCUCAUCGUUUCUAAAAGGCACUAAUGUGUUGUUAGUUUUUAUUUUUUUUACUAACUAACAUAAUAAACCUAAUGUUUAACUGUGGUCAGAACAGUUUACCUGUCAAACAUGAUGCAAAAGGGUGACUAGGGUGUUGUGGCAUCUGUGAACAACUUAUUUUCUCUGUUACACGUUGACUCAAAGUGGGUUACUAACUAAAAGUGACAUGUUGUCGUCUUUCUUUUACUGGAAAUCUGUCUCUCUUCU